GCGAGGCGGAAGUGCGGUCUCCUCGGGGCGGCUGUCUCUGGGCGGGCAGAGGGAGGCUCCCGAGGCGGGGGCCGGGCCAGGAUGGCUGCAGCGGCGGCCGGGGCCGGGGCCGGGGCCGGGGCCGGGGCGGCCCAGGAGAAGCAGUUCCCGCCGGCGCUGCUGAGCUUCUUCAUCUACAACCCGCGCUUCGGGCCGCGUGAGGGCGAGGAAGAAAAUAAAAUUUUGUUUUACUACCCAAACGAAGUAGAAAAGAAUGAAAAAAUUAGAAAUGUCGGAUUAUGUGAAGCUAUUGUACAGUUUACGAGGACCUUCAGCCCAUCAAAACCUGCAAAAUCUUUACAUACACAGAAGAAUAGGCAGUUCUUCAAUGAGCCAGAAGAAAAUUUCUGGAUGGUCAUGGUUGUUCGGAACCCUAUAAUUGAAAAGCAGAGUAAAGACGGAAAACCAAUUGUUGAAUACCAAGAGGAGGAGUUGUUGGACAAGGUUUACAGUUCAGUGCUACAGCAGUGCUACAGCAUGUACAAGCUUUUUAAUGGUACAUUUCUGAGAGCCAUGGAAGAUGGAGGUGUCAAGCUCCUAAAAGAAAGAUUAGAGAAGUUCUUCCAUCGGUACUUGCAAACGUUGCAUUUGCAGUCCUGCGAUCUCCUUGACAUUUUUGGUGGAAUCAGCUUCUUCCCAUUGGAUAAAAUGACUUACUUGAAAAUCCAGUCCUUUAUCAAUAGAAUGGAGGAAAGCCUGAGUAUAGUCAAAUAUACUGCCUUCCUCUAUAAUGAUCAGCUGAUCUGGAGUGGGUUAGAACAAGAUGACAUGAGAAUUUUAUACAAAUACCUCACCACAUCUCUAUUUCCAAGGCACAUUGAACCUGAGUUGGCAGGAAGAGAUUCUCCAGUAAGGGCAGAGAUGCCAGGAAAUCUUCAACAUUAUGGAAGAUUUCUUACUGGACCCUUGAACCUUAAUGAUCCAGAAGCAAAAUGCAGAUUCCCCAAAAUUUUUGUAAAUACCGACGAUACAUAUGAAGCACUGCAUUUAAUCGUUUAUAAGGCCAUGAGUGCAGCCGUGUGCUUUAUGAUUGAUGCAUCUGUACAGCCUACGCUGGAUUUUUGCCGAAGACUGGACAGUAUUGUUGGGCCCCAGCUCACAGUGCUGGCAUCAGACAUAUGUGAGCAGUUUAACAUCAACAAAAGAAUGUCUGGGUCUGAAAAAGAACCCCAGUUUAAGUUUAUCUACUUCAACCAUAUGAAUUUAGCAGAGAAAAGUACGAUUCACAUGAGGAAAACCCCGAGUGUGUCGCUCACAUCCGUGCAUCCGGAUUUGAUGAAGAUUCUGGGGGACAUCAACAGUGACUUUACUAGGGUGGACGAGGACGAGGAAAUCAUCGUAAAAGCAAUGAGCGACUACUGGGUGGUCGGGAAGAAGUCUGACCAGCGGGAGCUGUAUGUUAUCCUGAAUCAGAAAAAUGCAAACCUGAUCGAAGUAAAUGAAGAGGUGAAGAAACUGUGUGCGACGCAGUUCAAUAACAUAUUCUUCCUGGACUGACGGAUAAUGGCUCGCCGGAACGUCUUGUAAAAAUCAACUCCGCAGGCAUUCUGUUUACCCCUGCAGGUUUUCGGUCAUAUUAUUGACUGACUUAAUGACAAUAGUAAAGCAAUACUUGCUUUGAAGAAUCAAAUUUCUACUCAGUCUGAUGAUCCCCUGGGGUUUUUAGAUUUUAAAUAUUUAUGUGGAAAUAAUUAAAGGUAGUUGGCUACAUCUCCCAUCAUUCCAUUCUUUUGAAUUAUGUGAAUAUUUUACUGGAAACUAAGACUAAUAAAUUGUUAAGGUUUUUACAA